GCGGGUUGUGAGUGGUACUUGAAGCUGCUGCUGUCAGCCUCCAUUCUCACGGACAGCCUCAGCAGCAUCGGCGGAGGACACUCAGUAUGGCGUCGGAUGAACUCGCGCGAAAGCUGCAGUCGCGGCUGGUCGUCACGCAGGAGGCUGCGGAGCCGAAGCCAGAGCCCGCUCAAAGCCCACAGAGAGCUACCCCGCAGAGGGCUCGACCGCAGGAGCCCGAGGCUGCCUGCGGGGACUCAGCCUCCGAGCUGUCCGCCAAACUGAACCGCAGGCUGGACAUCAACCAGGGCAACGCCGCGCCGCGACCCAGCCGCGUGUUCAACCCGUACACCGAAUUCAAGGAGUUCUCCCGCAAACAGAUCAAGGACAUGGAGGCGAUGUUCAAACGGUAUGACACAGGUAAAGAUGGUUUCAUUGACCUGAUGGAGCUGAAGCUGAUGAUGGAGAAACUUGGAGCUCCUCAGACUCACCUUGGUCUGAAGAACAUGAUCAAAGAGGUCGACGAAGACUUUGACGGAAAACUGAGCUUCAGAGAGUUCCUGUUGAUCUUCAGGCGAGCAGCAGCCGGGGAGCUUCAGGAGGAGAGUGGGCUGAUGGCUCUGGCUCGUCUUUCCGAGAUCAACGUCUCCACAGAGGGAGUGAUGGGAGCUAAAGACUUCUUUGAGGCAAAGAUGAAGGUUGCGGCUGCAGGCAGCAAGUUUGAGGCAGAGAUUCGAGAGGAGAAAGAAGAACGCCAACGUCAGGAAGUGGAAAAGAAACAGCGGCAAGCUGCGUUCAAGCAGCUUCAGUCGACCUUCUGCUCGUGACCCGACAGCGAGGCCAGAGUCCAGCCCUGACCUACACAGUCAGUGUUAGAGAAGUUUAAACUAGCUUCACACUACACUUUACUUUAACCCAUACCAUCAUUCAUAAUCUGGCACUUUAUAGUUAAAACCGAGAGAUUAUAGAAGCAAACACUCUUUAACAUGCAGCACACGUAAAGUUCUUUUAUUCCAGAUGUGCUGCAGCUGCACAGAUAAUUAUAUAGAAAAAAAUAAAUGUGCAGGAAAUAUGAAGUGCACAUUUGAAAUUCAUCAACAUAUCUUAGAUUUAUUGUGCAUUUUUUUCUUUGUGUUUUAAAAAAACUGGAAGUUUUCACCACAAGGGAAAUGUUCAGUGGUGUCUGAUGUUUGUGAAGCUUUUUUGAUUCAUGUUUAUGUCACUUUGUUCCAUCCUCACCUUGUUACAGUGAAUUCCAUUUUUAAAUCAACAUCUUUUCUGCAAUCUGCAAUGUGAUAGAACUAGAAUAGUGAUAAAUAACAGCAUAAAAAGCUGUCAGUAUUAUCAUACAAAGUAAUAAAUUGAAGCCUUAUGCAGCUCUAGCUCGACUUGGUUCGAACAGGUCAAACUGUGAUCAGAUUUAAACUGUUUGCAGCAGCUCGUGAUAAUAAUCAGAGCAACUAAAGGUUCAUUCUGUGGUUUUAUUAUUAGAGUUUAAUCCUCAGCUCAGCAGUGAACCACCAAGUUUCAGAAUCAGGUCUUUAAAGGAAAAGGUCAACAUUUUGGGUAGCGGUUAUUUGCUUUCUGUCUGAGCUUUAGAUGAAAAGACUGAUCUCAUGCCUGUGUGUUAAAACUAUAAAAACACAAGACUGGCAUCAAAGAGCGAACAGAAACAAAGGCCAAGUGUGAAAAACUCAUGAUGACAGCAAGUUCAACAACCUCUCUGCGCCUGUAUUGAAGAAAUUAACUCUUUACACCAGCAGGUGGCAGGAGUCUUCAUUUAUCUCAUUCAUUUAUUUUAAAGGGAAACCUAAAGACCCCGAGCAGCCUGUAAGCAAACCUUUGUGUUGAUAAAACAGACAAUGAUCCUUUACUCAGUUUAGUUAAGUAAAUUAAUCGAGAGUAUUUAUGGUAAAAGGACACUUUGGCUCUCAUGUUGUAAACUCUGACUUACUUUCUUACUGAUUUGUGAAUCUGAACAGCCAAAUGAAAUUAUUUCCCUCACAGAUGAUUUAACUGGCUCAGUCUAAAGCAAAAGCACAUACCAGGGUUAGCUGUGCAAGAAAAUCUUCAAACACAACUACAAGAGAUGCUCAAAAAUACCUUUCAUUCAGAAACACUCAACGCUCAUACAUUCAACCAUUUUAUUGUUACAUAGAUAUUCAGAUUUACUUGGCAAAGAAGGCUCUGCUCUAAGAAUGCUUCCUGGUUAGUCAAACAGCAUGAUUUGACUUUCCAGGGAGCACAUGGCUAGAAACCCUCAUACAGAUGGAUACAUUUAUGACAUUGUGUAUUGAAUACAACAAAAUUAGUUCAAAAGCAAUUAAUCCAUAGC